AUGAUUGAUUAUGCAGUGACAGUUUGGGGGACAGCGGCGGCACCUAGCAUCAAGCUGCGCCUACAUGAGGGCACCAGCAUCUCAAACAAGGCCAAGCAGGCGACCUACGUUGACCUUGGUCAGGACCUCCUCCUCGUCGCCAGCCUUGAUGACAUCGGGCUGUACACGAACUUCAUUCUCUACAAUUGCGUGGCGUCUGCGCCCGACAGUCAGUACAGCAUGGUCCUCAUCGACAACCACGAGUGCGUCAACUCAGACCUGUACCCUGAGCUGAUCAAAUCGGAGGGAGUUGCCAAGUCUAGAGGAGCUUCAGUGGAGAAAUAUGUGAAGUUCGCUGCAUUCCGUUUCGCCAGUGGUGACCGCGUGCAGUUCCAGUGUGACGUCAUUCCGUGUACGGCCGACUACGACUGCGAUGAUGUGGUAUUCGGUCGUUGCGCGAUGUUGAAUGAGUAG